UUUCGCAUGGGGAGCCUGUGUUGUGUUGUCGUCUAAAAGCCUGUGCGCGCAAAAGACGCCUGGUGUGAGUCCAGCUUCCUAACUUUGAAGAUGGAUGAAAUAUUUAACCACACUGGAGCAGUGAACCGAAGUUCGUCUGGUGAUGAGAAAUUCAGUUUUGAAGACAUCGAUGUGAGCGCGGACGGCACCCUCAUCCUGAGGAUACUCAUCUCCGUGGUGUACUCUGUAGUUUGCGCAGUGGGUUUGGUGGGGAACCUGCUCGUGUUCUUCCUCAUGAGAUUACGACAGGGUCGAAAGAGGUCCACCAUUAAUUUUUUCAUCAUUAACUUGGCAGUUACGGACUUCCAGUUCGUGCUCACUCUGCCCUUCUGGGCUGUGGACACCGCGCUGGACUUCAGCUGGCCGUUUGGAGACGCCAUGUGCAAAAUCAUCCUCUCGGUCACCGUGAUGAACAUGUACGCCAGCGUGUUUUUUCUCACUGCCAUGAGUGUGACCCGUUACCUGUCUGUCGCCUCGGCCCUAAAGAAAAGAUCUUACAGGAGGUCACGGUGUGUGAAGUGGGUGUGCGCGGUGAUUUGGGUGUUGGCAACAGUGGCCACAGCCCCGACAUCUAUCUUCUCCACCGUGACAGUGGUCGCUGGAGAAAAACUCUGCCUCCUCAAGUUUCCCGAAGGGCACGACUGGCUCGCCCUCUAUCACAUCCAGAAAAUACUGAUAGCGUUCAUCAUCCCGAUGCUCAUAGUCUGUGUUAACUAUCUGAUGCUCCUGCGCUUCGUGAGACGGAGGAGCAUGGACAGCAGCAACCCAAAACGGAGAUCUAGAGUCACCAAAUCAGUCGCUAUCGUGGUUUUGUCUUUCUUCUGCUGCUGGAUGCCAAAUCAUGCCAUCACCUUCUGGGGUGUCUUGGUCAAAUUUAACGCAGUCAACUGGGAUAAAUCAUAUUACAUGGUGCACACGUACGUGUUCCCGGUGACUGUGUGCUUGGCGCACGCAAACAGCUGCUUGAACCCGGUGCUUUACUGUCUGAUGAGGCCAGAGAUCAGGAAGAUGCUCAGAGGUUUGUUUUGGAGAGUCUCCACUCCACCUGCCAACAAGGGAUGCGCGACGCGCUCUGGAGAAACCCAGGGAGUCGUUCCUCUCCAAAUUAUAGACAAUGGAGAGUACUCGAUGUCCAUUUUAGACCGUAAAAGCUUAUCAAGCUCCAAAAUGAUCCCAUACAACCGAUAACAUCAUUCUGGUGGAAAAUAGACACACGCACACAAAAAAAAAAAAACCCUAAAUGCGGCUGCUGUUUUUUGCUCUGGUUGUUUACCUUUAAAUGUCAUUUCUCAUGCGUAAUGCUUUCGCUAUUGUCCCAAAUGUGAACAUUUUGUAACGACACACAUUUCAGGUGCACUUUAUCGUGUGUCUGUCAGCAUGACAUGCACGUAUGUACGUGUGGAGUGGUAUUGAUGUCAUUUCUGAAACUGCCAAACUGUCAACAGAUUACUUGUUGAUUCCACUGAUGAGCAAAGCCGACGUGCGCUGAAUUCCUCUCCUCUAAAAUGCAGAGGCACGUAGCUUUUCUUUUUGCCCUCGGUUUAGAUUACUUUUAUGAUAUUUGUGAUUUUACUUGACAGAGAUGGAUGGACAAUAAACGUGGGAACAGAGAGACCGGGAUACAGUGACAGGACAAACGUCAAUAACAUGGCUGGAUGUUGGAAACACGAGUCCGAGCAAAACGUGGAAUUGUGUUAUGUAAAAUGACCUCUAAUGGAUUUGACGAUUAGAUUAAAAUCACAAGGUUGCAAUGUUUUCUAUUCACCUGUCUGUAAAUCUGUAAAUGAGGUAGUAAGUUGUUGCUUUUUCCCAUCAGACAAGUGCUUUUAUUCUUGAUUUCCUGCUUUAAUUUACAAAACGAUGCUAUAAUAAAAAUCACAUGACUUCACAGUGCUGAGGCAUUGUUGAUGAUGUAAGUAGAAGAAUGACAUGUACAGUUAUCCUUUAUUCUGUGUGGUGUCUGUAAAAUAAAAAAAAAAUGUCAUCAUGUUCUACUGUAUGUACAUAAAAAAGUCUAUAUAUUGUAUGUUUUCUCACAUGCACUGUUUUUACACCGGAGAGCAUUAAAAAUACA